UCUCUCCAUCUGGCAAACUACAACAACACCCGCAGCUGAGCUGCUUCUGCUGCACUGGGUCAGGAGUGAACGCAGGCUACGACGCCGACGUACAUUGGACCCAAAAAAGUGCAACAUGCGCAGACAGUCCGGAAACAAGAUGAUUAAAAACUGGGGCGUCGUCGGUGGUAUUGCUGCUGCGAUUGCAGCUGGAGUUUACGUUUUGUGGGGCCCAAUUACAGACAGAAAGAAGAGAAAGAGAGGUAUGGUUCCUGGUCUGUUGAACUUGGGCAACACCUGCUUUCUGAAUUCUUUGCUUCAGGGUUUGGCAGCAUGUCCGUCUUUUAUCGGGUGGCUGCAGAAGUUUUCAGGUUCACCUAUGAACCUGUCCUCCACAGACAACCGGCUGUCCAGCACACUGCUUCAGGUGCUCAAAGCUCUGUCCAGUGACGAACCUGGAGAGGAAGAUGUUCUUGAUGCUGGAUGCCUCCUGGACAUUCUCAGACUGUACCGGUGGCACAUUAGUUCAUUUGAAGAGCAGGAUGCACAUGAACUGUUCCAUGUCCUUACAUCUUCUCUGGAGGAGGAGCGGGAUCGUCAGCCUAAAGUGACUCACUUGUUUGACAUGCAUUCCCUUGAGAGUCUCCCUGAUCAAGAUGAGAAAACCAUGACCUGCAGAAGUCGAGCGCCUCUCCAUCCAAUACCAAAUCACUGGAAGUUUCAGCAUCCUUUUCACGGCCGUUUAACAAGCAACAUGUCAUGCAAGCGCUGCCGACUACAAAGUCCAGUGCGAUAUGACUCAUUUGAGAGUCUCUCCCUCUCCAUCCCUUUACCUCAUUGGGGUCAACCUCUCUCUCUAGAUCAGUGUCUUCAGCAUUUCAUCUCCUCAGAAACCAUCAAAGAAGUGGAGUGUGAGAACUGCACGAAGCUUCAACAAGAGAACACAGUGAAUGGCCAGUUUCUGAAAAGUCAGAGGACAACAUUUGUGAAACACCUAAAACUUGGGAAGCUCCCCCAGUGCCUCUGCAUCCACUUACAAAGACUGACGUGGUCCAACGAAGGAACUCCCGUCAAAAAACAGGAGCAUGUGCAGUUCACAGAGUAUCUGUCGAUGGACCGAUACAAACACAACAUUUCCUCGCAGAGAAACGUGCAGCUCCCGUGUGCACCAAAGCCCAAGAAAGCAGAAGAUACAGACGGUGUCAUUGAAAAGUCCACAGCCAAUGGCACUGACACAGAGCAUCACAACAACAACAAACCUUUUUUCAAUGGAAACUGUUCAUCUUUCUUUCUUCACCCUCCUGGUGUCAACCCACAGCUCAACGUCACAUAUGGCUUCAGUUCUCCAGAGUACCUUUUCCAGCUCACAGCGGUGCUGGUUCACCACGGCGACAUGCACUCGGGACAUUUCGUGACAUACCGCCGCAGCCCUUCCUCACCACGCGGCUCGUCGUCCCUCAGUUCCCAGUGGCUGUGGGUGUCGGACGACUCGGUGCGAAAGGCCACUCUGCAUGAGGUUCUGUCCUCCAACGCCUACAUGCUCUUUUACGAGAGAGUCCGGAGACCGAACCUCGCCCUGCCUUCAGAGGAGUGACCCGAGAGACUGACUGACUGACUGACUGACUGACUGACUGGAUGUUUUUUCCAAACUGUGGCAGCGGCGUGAAUCCGUCACAACAUGGUUCUGAAUUAGUGGAUUAUGACUUUGAGACCGGAGAGCAAAGCCAGUGUAGAGUUGUUGUGGGAGCUGAUUUUGUAUCAUGGAUCACAACAACACGUCAGAGAUUAUGGAAUGAUUUCUGACCUGAAAUCCAGCGGUGGACCCUUUGCCUGGCCUUGUGUAAUCCAUAAAAUCGUGGACCUGCAAGAUGUUUUUUGUAACAGUGUCUGUCAUGUAACAUAGUGGCUUCUACAGGACAAAUCACAACUCACAGAAGGAUGUUUAGGUCAUAGCCUAGCUUUUGUUCAUGUGUGAGCUUCGACUUGGCCGAAGUAGAUUAUUACAGUAGGACUGAUGAUUUAGUGACAUUUUCUUUAUUGCAUUUGCGCUGUGAUUUGCAACAUUACGUUGUAAAUCCAUGGUUCUUGAACUGAGCUUCCUCUAGUGGUACUGGGGAGGAAAAUCAGAAAUACUGUUCUACUGUUAAUACCAGGGUAUGUGAUCGGAGUGGAGCUGAGAAAAUUAAACGAAUAACACAAAAAUAAUAAUAAUUAUAGUCACCUCAUCUCUCCCUCCAUCUUAAUCUAAUGUCUAUACCAGUGUAUGAAUUGUAUGUGAGGAAGAGGAGGAUAAUGAGAGCGCAAAUGAUCUUAUUGGGAAUAAAUCUGCCUCCUGUGUAAAGUCUGUGGCUGACUUUAAUAUCAGCUCAAUAUUUUCCUCAGAUGGUACUUGGUAUAAGAAGUUUGUGAACCACUGCUUUAAAUCAAGUUUCACAUCACUAUACUAUAAUACAUUUAAAAGGAGAUGGAGCAUCACAUCAUGAAACCAUAAAAAUAUUUUCUAAUGCAAAGAUGAAAGGUUUUUAUUUAGUAUUACAUUUGGGCAUUGAAUAUGAAAUAUAAAAAUCAAAACUUCCAAACUGUUUCAAAACUAGUUAAUUGUUCAGCCCUGCCUUGUGAAGAUGUUACUUGGGCUGGGUGUCAUACUUAAAUACUUGUGUGGUAGCCACUGAACGUUCUGUUCAUCACCUGCAGGACGGAGGAUCUAAAGUGACAAAUGUAACCAACCCCUCGAGAGUGCAGGGAAGAAUUAUGUGUGCAGAAAGUUAAUGAUCGGACCAUCUUAAGCUAAUUCAUUUUUACCAUCAUGUAAUAUUUUGGUACAGGAAAUAUUUAUAUUUAAGAAGCGGAGAAAAAUCCAAACAACCUGUUUGCAUAAUCAUUCCCAGCAGUGUGCUUUGUCGCUACUCGAUCAACACAGUUCAUAAGCUGUUGAAUAUUGAUAUUUUUCUACGUUUCUAAUAAUCCUUACCACUGUCAUGAUUUGCAGAGCUGCACAGUUGAGGUUAAAGUGCCAUGUUUUAAUGUCCGGGGUCUUCAUCAUGUAAAUGCCAUGUGUGCUGCACGAAUCAGACGACCUCUGUGAGAUCUGUUUGACAUGCUGCUGAUGUUUUAAGAGAUUAUGCUUUUGACGAAUAAAGCCAGAACAAGACUGCAGGUUUUUUGGACAAUUUAUUCUGAAUGUUUUUUUUUUAAAACUCUGUGUAAAUGAUAAACUGCCAUUUUUGUGCCGACCGAACCAACAAAGUCAAAGUGAGAAGUGGCCUGGUGCAAAGGCUGUUGUUACUUUUGCAUAUUCAAAUGUAAAAUGUGUGUAUUUGUGUGCAAUCUGUAAAGAUUAUUGUUUUCAGGUAUUAAAAGAAAUAACCAAAACCUG